AUGUCGCGGAGGAAUUCUAAGCAUUUCAAGGGAUACGAAAGGCUUAAAGAAAAUAUAACCAAAGGCGUGCCUGACUUGCUGGAAGCUAUCGAUUUCUAUAAAGAAAUAAAAAAGGGGACGUAUGGAACUUAUGGAGAGAUUAUGUCAGGAUAUAACCAAUGGCCACAAGAUCCUCCAAACUUCAAAACGACGAUGGAGGAGUAUUUCAGCCUUUGCACAGAUCUUUCAAGAAAAAUUAUGCGAGGGAUAGCUUUGGCACUGGGAGCAUCACCAGACGAAUUCGAAGGUGAAAGGGGUGGAGAUGCAUUUUGGAUGGUUCGUCUGAAUGGUUACCCUGGAAUUUCCCUUGUAGAUGGUCAAGACAUGCAAGAAAAUGAGAUUGGUUGUGGGAUUCACACAGACUAUGGUUUGCUAUCUCUGAUUAAUCAAGAUAAUGAUAUCACUGCACUUGAGGUGAGAAACCUUUCUGGUGAGUGGAUAGCAGCUAUUCCAAUUCCUGGAACGUUUGUUUGCAGCGUUGGUGACAUGUUAAAGCUUAAUUAUGUCUGGAAGCAUGAGCAAUCUAAAUUGAUAAAUUAA